AUGACAAGAACCAACAAAUGGACUGUUCAUGAAAAGAAAGUAGAACCAAAGUGGUUCACCCACCAUGGCCCUGUCGACUCCGAUCCCACAAAGGUAAAGAAGGAAGGCGCUGGUAAAAACAAUUGGGGCCAGCCUGGCGAUGAGUUGCAAAAAGAAGACUUCAAUUUCUUCAACAAGUCGCAGAGAAGAAACUCCAAUCACUCAGAAAACGAGGAAAAGAUG